GUGCAUGCUAUCUUGAUAGCUGGAUAGGUUUGCUAUAGGCAUGAAUAUGACCUAACUUGGUUAGUUAGGCUUAUAUUGUUUGUAACUUCUAAUGCUCUCUCUGUUGCCAUUUCUACACCUAGCUAGAUAGAUUUUCCUGAGUUACUCAUCCUCAUAGUACUGAGCAAUCUCAGUUGAAGAAGAUCCGAGGAAGAAAGACAAAGAAACCACGGGUGAAUUAGGGUUUUCGAAUAUGAAAAAGAGACAGCAAGUUGGUGCUCGAAGAAGUGAAAGAUCAUCAGAUAAUGGCAUGAUUACUAAUACUUCUUCUUCUUCUUCUUCAUGCACUGUAAUGAAUGUUAGAUACGGAGAGUGUCAAAAGAAUCAUGCAGCCAAUAUAGGAGGAUAUGCAGUUGAUGGAUGUAGAGAAUUCAUGGCUAGUGGCGAGGAAGGGACGGCAGCUUCCCUGAGAUGCGCUGCCUGCACUUGUCAUCGGAACUUCCAUAGAAGAGAAGUAGACUAUGAAGUUGUUUGUGAGUGUCCUUCUCCUUCAUCCAAUGGAAGAUAAAGAUUUUCAUAUAUAGAUACAUAUAUACAUGAACGGCUAUUAAUAUAUGUAAUUAAGCAAACGUGACUACUAAUUCGAUGUUGUGUUUUGAUUGCUGUAUUUGUUUAGUUUCUGAUGAUUAAAAACAAGAGAAAGUAGUGACUAGUGAGUUGGAUUGGGUUGUACUUAUUUGUUUGGUAUGUUUAAAUUCGAAGACAAUAUGUUCUUAUAGAACACCUUUUGUUUGUUUGUUUUUGAAUCUCUGUAUUAUUGAUUGUGUUAUCUGUUUUCUUCUUGAAUGUAAUGAAUACAUAAUAUUUUUAUAUUAAGAUAGGUGUGGUUAUUUAUGA